CCUCCCGGGCUCUUUGUGGGGCCGGGAUCGCGGUGGUGAGCGGGGAGCUCAGCGCGCUCCGCCGACGCCGCUGGCAGUGGGGCUGUUUCGGGACGGCGGAACCGCUUACGCCCGGCACCUCUCUCGGCCGCCUGCCGCGCCCGUCUGCACUCGUGUCCUUCUCUCCCGGGACGCGGUGACCAUUUUUCAAUCACGAGGGCGCGGGUCAGCCUCCCCUAGGACUUCAUGUCUGUAUAUUUCCCCAUUCACUGCCCUGACUAUCUGAGAUCGGCCGAGAUGACCGAGGUGAUGAUGAACACCCCAUCCAUGGAGGAGAUUGGCCUCAGCCCCCGGAAGGACGGCCUUUCCUACCAGAUCUUCCCCGACCCGUCAGACUUCGACCGCUGCUGCAAGCUAAAGGACCGCCUGCCCUCCAUAGUGGUGGAGCCCACAGAGGGGGAGGUGGAGAGCGGGGAGCUGCGGUGGCCCCCCGAGGAGUUCUUGGUCCAGGAAGACGAGCAAGACAACUGCGAAGACACAGCGAAGGAAACCAAGGAGCAGUAGAGUCGCUGCGGCCUCCCACGGGGCGGUGCCCGCCGGCGGCAUCGGUCCCUGAACUGUGUUUUUCCCAUCGUGGAAGGCGAGCGUGAGCCCCGGUAGUUCUGAAAAUGUCAAAGGAGGCUUCCGUUUUGCACCUGCGACUCCCCGAGUGGGUUUUCUUUCGUCUUUUCUUUUUCUUUUUUUGAACUGUGGCGAGCAGUGGAGCCCUCUGACAACUUGCAAGGUCUUCUGAGAAAGGAAGCUGCUCAGAGCCGGGGUUUGGGGUGUGGGCGAGCGAUCGUAUCAGGGCUCCGGCAGCCAGGGGCGGUGCGGGGUCCCUGGGGGGGCCUGGGGUGGGUGUGGGGGCUGGGCAAAGAGAGCAAGGAGCUUGUGGGGUAAGGAAACCAACUUGGGGCUAAGCGAGAAAAUGCCUGACUUUAGGAGACAUCAGCAGAGAAGGGCAGCCAGGAGCAGCUCGGGGAGCCAUGGCUCUGGCUGCGGGGGCAGCAGGAAACCAAGUCUUCAUCUCUCUCCAGCCUCACCACUGCCACCCUGGGCUUCUACUGCAGGUGUGCUGGCCUCUGGUGGGGGGGUGGGGAGCAGGGGAAGCCCCUCUGGAGGGAAUAUGCAGGAAACCAACAGCACCCUGCCAUCCCCCUCUAACUGCUCCCGCCAGGCUGGCUCAUAGAGCCCAGGGCUGGCCUUUGAGUAAUUCACCUCUGAUUUGUCCUUUUGGCCUCCCAGCCCUCUGGGAAGUAGCAAGAACACACCCUGUCCUUGGAUGCCCUCAGGCAGACACCCAAGCAGGAAUGUCCCACCCUAGAAGGCCCCCUCCUCUCCCCAGGCCUUGCUGUCAGAGUUCAGCAGAAGCAAGGACCAGGUCAGCUUCAUCCACGCCCUUCCCUCUCCUUCCCGCCAUGCUGCAGCCUUAGCCACAGUAGCCAGCAGAGCUGUGCCUAGCCUGCUGUGGAUGGCAGCCCGUCUGACCAGCUGCAGCUCCCACUCCCAUGUGGGUUCUUGGCCUCUUUCUCUUGUGGAGCUGAGUGAAGAGUAGAGGUGGCUUUUCCUGGUUCUUGCUGGGCAGAUCCCGAGAGCUGGCACAGCCUGGGAGUGGCUGCAUAGUGGUGACGAGGCUCUGAUGAGACAGACCCCUGCCUUCUGUCUGUUGUCUCCGGACACAAGUGGGAAGCGUGAUGAGGGAGCACUUCUAUGUCCCUCCCCAGUGGUGGGCUUUGUCCCUUCCACUUGCUUCCUGCAAGGGCAUCAGGUGCAUGAGAAAGUUCGCCUUGGACUCAGAGCUGCUUCUCAUGGUUCAAAACCACGUGGAGCAACAGACUGCCGGACAAACUCUCCUGCCCUUCUCUGUGUCUGAGCAGGACGAUGCGGCCAAGAGGUGGACUUGGAGCCUUCCUUGGGCUAAACGCAGCCAACCGAGGCACCCACGGUGUCCCCUCAGGUCUCCAGUCGGUCCAGGUGGACCCCCGGAUUGGACUUGUGUGUCUAGCAGUAUUUAAUACCUCAAGGUCAAUGGGGCUCUGGGGCGUGUGGGGCGGGGUGGACGAGGGUGCACUGUGGGCGCCAGUGGAGUUGGCUCUGAGAUGCUAGAGUCGCCCUCACCCCUGCUUCCUCCCUCUGUCGCCUGCCUGUGUCACACACAUCGAUGGCAAUAACUUCUUCCGGCUCCUUGCAGACGUGGGAGAGGCCGGCAGCCUGCGCCACGAGGGGGCUUCUGUCUCUUGUCCCACUUGGCUCUGUGCUGGCUGGGACGGGUUGCUCAACCUUCCUCAUUCCCACGCGCAGUUUCUCUUCCCUCUCUCCCUUUGUUGGGGGGGGGGGGUGGGUCUUGCCUUCUCAAGUCCUGUGUUUUGGUGUCUCCUUCUCAUCUGCUACCCUGUAUCAUCUGUCCUGGUCUUGCUGUGUGGUGGGAACGUGCUUGUAAACUGCGUAACACAUCUACUCUGUGUCUGUGUAUGUUUGUGGGGCUGGCUUAUUGUCCCGGCUGCACGGCCGUUUGCAGUCUGAGCAGGCCAGGGCUGGCAGCUCCAGUCAGGCCCCUCAGCAGCUGAGCCUGUUGGGAGGGACCCAGCUGCUCUUGGACAAGUGGCUGAGCUCCUGCCUGGCCUCCUCUCUCUUUUUCUUUUUCUUUUUUUUUUUUUUUAAAGUAAUUUGUGUGUAUUUCUAACUGACCGUAUUGAAAAAAAAAUCCUAGUAUUUCAGUAAAAACGCCUGCCGUGAGAUGAACCUCCUGUAACUUCUAUCUGUUCUUUUUUGAGGCUCAGGGAGAAACUAGCAUUUUUGUUUUCCAAACUACUUUUUGUCACUGUGACAGUUGUAAAUAAAGUUUGAAAAUGCUUUCCA